UACCGCCGAUCACUCAAUCCUCAUCUGUCACGAAAAGCGCCGUGGCGGGAAUGCCCUGUUGAUUGUCAGACGCGGCAUGUAGACAUGCGCUGCUCGUCGCAACUCCACCCGUUAGCUCAAAGUCCAGCCAGCCCCUACACGCUCCGACUCUUUACCUUGCUCGUCCCUCCAACCUGCCGCUACGAAGCUUACCACUUCCUAUAAACAUUUCACUGCACACUGUCACUUCCAUUUCGUGAACUGCUCACGCUGUACCUUGACACCAUGCCGUGGAUGAGCAACGACUUCUUUGCCGGAAGGCCUUCCGUUCACCCUUCAGCUUGGAACAAAAUAUGGUCCGAGACGCAGCCUAACCACCACCUCAAGAGGGAUUACCAGGACAAUUUGUCACCUUGGCAUCUUCAGAGAUAUUUGCUAAGUGCCCCGGCCCCAUUUACAACCUUGGCGAACUCCCACUACCACAGCAGUCUAACAAUGCCGUAUGAAGCAGAUCAAUUGCUGUGUGAGCCUACCGUCCAUUCUUCUGGGCCAAUGCCCCUCCACUCGCACCGGUUGGCUGUACAGCAGAGCUCAACUAGCGACGCUAACAACACCGUGGCCCACAAAGCGCCGGCGCAAAGACGGUCCAAGGCACACUCAGCAUUACCGAGGAGCACCCAAUGCCUCAUCCUUCCAGGCUGGCCUGAAGUUGGGCAGCCUCGUAGCAAAACCCUUGGAAUCCUAGGCGAAGAUGUUCCGCUAUGGCUCUGGAAGGUGGUGAAAGACCUCCAUUCUAUUCGUGGGCUCACGAGCGAUGCCACGAUCAGGCACGGCUGUGAAGCUCUUCUGAGUCGGAUCACGGCACUGUGAUGACUAGGCAUGAUACAUCUGCCCACGCCAGACGGGUACCGCGACAUAGAGAUACACGGUCAUGUGCUG